AUGGCCCCCCCUCCGGCGCACCUACCUUUGGGUGAAAGACUCAAGGCUCUGGCCCAGACACUACAACAUGUAACGCUGCUGAUUUCCGUCUUCCGCUACGUCCUGUCCUACCUCACCUUCAACUACUACUCCUCUACCGCGCAGGCCGCCUACCGCCUUGCAUUCGUUUCCGCCGCGGCUACAUAUGGAAUUGUGGUAUACAAGGGACAUAUCGCGCGUGGCCGUCUCCAGGGCAGUCCUCUCAGCAUUGCGCUGAAGCUCGCUGGUGAUGAGAACGUGCAGUACCUGGGUAUGGCCUUGGUUUGGCUGUAUUCGCGUCAGGUCUCGCUCGCCCUGCUUCCUUUCACCGUUUACUCGGUCUUCCACGUCGCGACCUACUCGCGUGCCCACCUGAUCCCCACCUUGCAGCCUCCUCAGGGUGGCGCCCCUGCCUCGCCCACCUCUCCUAGUGCCUCCAGGCCUGCUCCCAAGCAGUCUCCUCUGGCCGAGACCAUCGGACGAUUUGUCAAGCAGUACUACGAUGCCAGCAUGGACCUCGUCGCCGCGCUUGAAAUUGCGCUUCUGUUCCGCCUGAUUGUCUCGAUCCUGACUUUCUCCAAGGGAAGCUUCGUCCUCCUGUUCAUCUACCUGGCCUUCUUCCGCGCCAGAUACAGCCAGAGCACGUUCGUUCAGCACGGCCUUCGCCACUUCACCGCCCGUAUCGACGCUGCGGUUUCCCACCAGACCACUCCCCCUGCCAUGCGCCAGGGCUGGGAGACCUUCAAGGGAAUCGUGCGCCAGGCUUACGAAUCCACCGACAUGGGCCGCCUGAUCGGCAAGGCGGAUGCCAAGAAGCCGCAAUAA